AUGGCCAGCACAGUUGGCGGGAGGUUGGUAACUCUUAUGUACGCCCCUACGUCAAGCGUGUGUGCCUUGCAGCGCUUUUUAAGACGAUCAGCAGUCAGAAUACCGACCAACUGUGCUCAGAGUCAUAUGCAUUUGCAACCAGCUGAUCAUUCACUGACAAAAUUAAGGUUAGGUACACCUACAAUACCGGCCCAGAAAUUGGGUGAUGAUGAAUGGGUUAGUGACGCAAACCUCGGGGAUGAAUCAAGUGAAACCGAUUAUGCUGAAGACACUGAUGAUGAUGGCAACAACAAUGAUGAUGACGGAGAUGAUGAUGGUGAUACAGGCACCGAUGAACAGCACAAAUGUAUUGAAUGUGGAAAAUGGUUCCGGCACAGAUCUUGGUUGAAGCGUCACGUUUACCAUGUACAUUUAACAUUGAAGCAUCAAUGCAGUUAUUGCCCUGCGGCUUAUAAUAAAAAAAGCACAUUAGUUCAGCACACACAAAUACACACAGGGAAAAAAGAUUCAAAUGUCCCGAUUGUGAUGCGCACUACAUUGAAAAAAUCAAUCUUAAAAAUCAUUGGAACAUUAAACACAACAAGAACAAACAAACAAACAUUCAUUUGUCCUGAAUGCGAAACAACACUGUCCUGUAUCAGAAAUUUAACAUACCACAUGAACGUACAUAAUAAUGUAAAGCCAUUUCAAUGCGACCCUUGCGAUGAAAGUUUCUUCUAG